AUGGUGUUAAAAGAUGAAUUGCUGGCAAGGUUCGGACCUGAGGCAAAAGAUGAAACCGUCGUGACCACAUUGGAAAGUUAUAUGAAGCUUUACGCGUUAUCUAUCGAUGAGUUGUAUAUUAAAUGGGAGCAAUUUGCAUACCACAGCUUGGACGGGGGUGUCAAGCUGGAUGCGAACGGGCUAGACAACUUCAAGGGAUUUAUCCAGCGACAGAUCGAGAAGGCUAACAUGGCGCAGGGGAACGCUGCGGACGUGUCACAUGGCGCUGGGCACGGCAGCGGUGCGAAAUUGCCGCGGCCGCUGCGGGCUACGGGGGGGUCUUCGCUGUUUGGAUACGGAAGCUCCCCACGAUCAUCGAAUGUGAGAAAGAUGAAGCUGGAUGUCCUGCACUCGGACAGAGACUCUCCAGGUCCGCCAUCGUCGCCGGUGGGGCAUACAUCGGUGUUCUCCGACGCAGGACCCGGAUUUGGGACGCCUACAUCUGCAGGCGAUUCAAGAGACACAGAUAAGAUUGUCGACACGCUAAACCCAGAUCUUCCAAUUGCGGACGGUGCUGACUUCGACAGCGACCAUCAAGUUAGAUCGAUUCCGUUCUAUGACACGAAGAAGUACAAAUAUCGGACCAUGAGGCAGAGACUAUUAGGUGCGGCAGACGUGCUAGAUGAGCAGAUCGAGCACUUUACAAGUGUGGUUCAGAAAGACCUUGGUAUAUCAUCUGCAGAACUGGGCGACCCCACCAUACAAUCGCAAUCUUCCAUCAUCUGUGUUGGCCGUAUUGUUCCCGACAAUCCUGGCGACGAGCGUAUAAAUAUGGAAUCAGUGUCGAUUGAAACUUCACGUGCUGCAGGUAUCGGGCGGCGGAUACGUCUCAAUCUAAAAAGUAUCAAGGAGUACUCACUUUUCCCGGGACAGAUUGUUGCCAUGAGGGGUAGGAAUGCCAAUGGCGAGUUCUUCAAAGUUGAGGAACUAUUGCAGUUUCCGUACUUGAACUCUCCGGUCUCGAGUGCAGAAGAGAUACAAGAAGCACAACUCGCACUAGACGGUGGCCAAAUGAAAGUACUAGUUACCUCGGGACCUUACACCCCUUCAACCUCGAUCGAUUUUAAUCACCUAGAAGAAUUUAUUCUAAGAGUUAAUGAGCAUAUAAGACCGCAUGUUUUAAUCAUGUUUGGGCCAUUCUUAGAUGUGACGCAUCCUUUGGUCGAAACUGGACAGAUACCCACUUUCCCAAACCUAAAAUCGCAACCGCGCACUCUGGAUGAGCUCUUUACCAAAAUAUUGUGUCCCAUCUUGCGAAAAAUAAAUCCCAGGAUACAAGUUGUACUCAUACCAUCAAUGCGAGACGCUAUCUCUAGGCACACCUCAUAUCCACAGGACUCGUUUUCGCGAAAAGAGUUACAAUUACCUAAAAACUUUAAAUGCUAUGCUAACCCAGCAACUUUCAGAGUCAACGAGCUUUUCUUCGGUUGCUCAAAUAACGAUAUCUUUAAAGAUAUGAAAGAGGUACCCAACGGCCCCAUAAAUUUGUCCAAGAAUAGGAUUGACAGAGUCAGUGAACAUAUUCUGGAACAGCGUCGCUUUUAUCCUGCAUUUCCAGGAGGAGCCAAGACACGGACUAUUGAUGACUCUAAAGAGCAUGUUUCUGGUGCAGACUUAGAGGUGCCAUAUUUGGGAUUAACGGAAUUCAUAGGCGGAUUUAUUCCUGACAUCGUGAUAAUCCCAUCUGAAUUAAAACAUUUUGCGAGGGUAGUGAAAAAUGUAAUGGUGAUUAACCCGGGGGCUUUUGUCAGGGCAAGAGGAUCUCGAGGAACCUACGCGCAAUUAUCCAUUAGUGCUCCGGAUUUGGAAGAUGGGAUAUUAACGCUGGUGGAAGGUCAAGAAAAUGUAUACCUUCAUAAUGCCUGGAAACGGACAAGAAUAGACAUCCUGAGUGCUUAA